UUGUAAUGGAUAAAACAUGUAGCCAUGUUGCAAUAUCUCCUCGCAGAACUGUAAUGUCUCUCGUCCAUCAAGUGUUUGUUUUUUCAUUAGGAAUCUAGCGCAAUGUGGUAGAGCACUGAUCAUUGAUCAUUGGCUGGAAUAUAUAAUUGUUAUUAAAACCAAACAUUUCAAGAAACCGCUAUGAAUUAAUUUAAAAAAAAGUAUCCUUUGAACCAAUCCAUCUUAAACAAACUUGUCAGUUGACAAAGAAGACAUAAAAACAUGACUCUGGGGCUGGACGGCAGUGUUGAGAUGGCAGAGAAGCGAGAGAGUGUCACGGCUUCACACGAGAGUUUGAGCGAAUUAAAGAGAUCGCCAAAUGGUCGGGAUGAUGGUCAAUGUAAUAAUGGUCACCCGGCGCCGGACAACUCCGUCGAAAACGAGGAAACGGCCGUUGCGUCUGAUGGGUUGCCAAAUGAAGGCGAAGAAAGACAAACGUCAAACAAAAUUGUCGAGAAGGACACUCCCGUCAGCCAACACCCAGUGGAUGGUGGAUACGCAUGGGUGGUGCUAAUUGGUAAGUAGCAUCCCCUUUUCAUAAUUAUAUUAAUGUAUUUACCUUAUUAACCAUUUAGCUCUCACAAAUUGAGUACUUAGCUACAUAGAAAAGUACAAAGUAAGUGGGGGAUCUUCAGUUAUGUACUUAAUCGUUGACGUCUUACGGUCGAUCACCUGGAGCGGUCAUUUCAUCUCACGCCGACUCAUCAACAUUCGAUGGGGAUAUGGGUCGUCUCAUGUGCUCGGCCACCAGAUGAAUCGUCUUACACACGCACGCCGCUUGGAUACCGAUAACCACACAAGCGUCCACUGGAGUACGCGUCGCCACACUUACAGUCACUGGAUACAAGAGUCUGAUGACACUCAAACACUGGGCACAAAGUCACUGCGCAUAGGGGUAUCGCAUACCCUGUUUGCAAUAGCUGGAUAAAGGGUUCCGGGUGAAGAUUUUCGCCUCAAGUGCAGUCACUGGAUACAGGAGUCUGGCGGCACAGUCACAUAGCACGGGCAUCCACUGACGCACGCAGAUAGUCGCUAGACCAAUGGAUUGGGGGACACUCGAACACUGGAGAAAAAGUCUCUGAACAUAGGAGUCGUCGCACACUCUGUUUUCAAUAGCUGGAUAAUGGGUUCUGGAUAAAGAUGGUCACCCGCCUCUCUGUCACAACCAAAGUUUUGGGUUAAAGCAGUCGCUAGAAAAGCCAUAUGUAGCAAUAACUGGAAAACGCGUUCUGCGAAAUACCGACAAUGGUCACUUCUCUAACAAGACGAGAUUGAUUGAUUGAGUACUUUUACAGCGCUUUCGCUCCGAUGUCCGAAAAUCUAUUUAAAGAAAAAUGUAUUUAAAUAACUUUUUAUUACUUCUAAUUUCCUUCAAAGAUUGAGGCAAAUUGCUCAACAAUUUAGGCGCAAUAGCUUCAAAAGAGCGCACUCCGUAUGACUUCUUUCUGUGUCCAUCCACACUGGGAAAUCUCAGUAAGGACUGUGUUGAAGAGCGCAGAUUCUGUAAGGAUACAUGUUUACAAAUCAUUUUUUGAAGAAAUACAGGCGCAGAGCCUUCUCUACAGCUAUAUGUCUGGGACAGAGUUUUGUGGUCAGUGCGCUCACUCACAGGAAGCCAGUGAAGAUCUUUAACAAAUGCAGUUCUCAAACAAUUUGCACGUGGAAAUAUCCUACGACAGCCUAACGGGGACGUCAUUUCAGACUUUGUUUCCUGGUAGCCAAUUCGUCUGCAAACACUGAUUGAAUUUUCACUGUAUGGUCCCUAUGAAUGGGCACUGGACGGGCUCUCAAAUGUUAAGACCCCACCCCCCUACGUAUUCUGAAAGAGAACAAAUAGAUAAUAAUUGAAGGACUGCAUUCUAGCUAUUUGAAUGAAAUAGUAAAACAAGGUAUGUAGAAGCUUAAAUCAAAAGAUUUUACAAUAAGAUGUAAACUUUCGGUUUAGAGUUCCAUUCAGCGAGCAGGACAAACAGAAGUACGACAAGCACGGUUAAAAGGAAAACUUUAGAGAUCCCCUUUGUUGUUGCCGGAAGUAGGAUUCAGGAAGUGAAAAAAUAUAAAUAUUGAUACUAUGAAAAAUGAGGUCAAGAAUCUUAAAUGAACAAAAUAUUUAGGGAUACAAAAAAAUCUAAGGAAUAAUUUUUUAAAAAAAGAAAUACAGGGAAAUUGAGAAACAUUAGUAGGAGAAUAGUUGCUUAAUACCAUAUGGAAAUAUGAUGCCCAAAAGUUGAAUCAAUUUGUUUUCCAUUUAACUCUCUCAGGUGUGUCUGUACAGGGCAUUAGUGCCGUGGUGGAUACAUCUAAUGCACCUCUAUGUUCCCAUCUGUUGAAAUGUGAAGAAACUGAGGAAAGUUUACUUUGUUCAAAACCCCGAAGAUGUUCUGUGAACCCGGGUGGAUGGGACUCGUUAACUUUGUAUGGCAACUCAACUAAGUGAAUGAAACUCUGAAUUCAAACCCGGAGAUUGGGUCCCGUAGGCGGAUAACAUUGGCACAAUGAAACAUUCCGACAAUUCCUGUUACGCCACUGAUGCCAAGCUGUAUCAUCCACAUCCUUUUGGGUUAUCCAGCGGCGUGGAGAGAGGCGUUUGCUGUGUGGGAACCAGCUUAUAAUCCUAACAAAUAAUAAUCCAAAGGCUUUGCGGAUUUCGUCCUGCGGAGAGUACAACUUAGUCACAAUGUGACGGAAAGAUACCAGCAAAAAAAAAAUUAUAUUAAAAAAAAAUCAAUUUUGAAUAAUUUUAUAAUACUUCCGUUUUAACAUGUCUAUUGGAAGUGUUUUUGUUUACGUAAUUUCUUCUAUAAAAUGGAUUCACUCAUCCAAAAAAAAAAAAAAAAAAAAAAAAAAAAAAAAGAAGAUUUGGGUAUCUUUGGUUUAGUAGAAAUCUAGUUUCUUUUAAAAAACCUCCCGCGGCCCAAGAAAAAUGAAAAAAUUCUAUGCGGCUCAUGCUAAAAAGUUGACCCCAUGUGACGACAUAUGUUGGAGUUGGAUAUAUCAUUCCCCUCCCCCCCCCCCAUCCCAAAAUCUGCAGCUUUUGUUGAGAGUUCUUAAAAGGAUUUACACCACCAAAAAAAAAAAAAAAAAAAAAAAAAAAGAAGAUUUGGGUAUCUUUGGUUUAGUAGACAUCUAGUUUCUUUUAAAAAAUCUCACGCGGCCCAAGAAAAAUGAAAAAAUUCUAUGCGGCUCAUGCUAAAAAGUUGACCACAUGUGACGACAUAUGUUGGAGUUGGAUAUAUCAUUCCCCUCCCCCCCCCCCAUCCCAAAAUCUGCAGCUUUUGUUGAGAGUUCUCCAUGCCUUUGCCUGGCUGAUGCAUGCUCCACACUUUACAUCUCCUUCUACAGCUGUGUUUUUCAUACAGUUCCUCUUGAUUGGCUACACCAAGUCUCUCGGGGUCAUCUUCGUGGAAUUCCAGUCCAAAUUCGGAUCGAACGCGUCCAUGACGUCACUGAUCGUCAGUGUGACAGAAGCGGUAGCCAGCCUUGGCGGUGAGUAGAUUGUUUCGUUUAUCAUUCCGUCCUUUUCAUAAACACUGAAGUUUUUUUGUUUUUUAUAUAGAUCAUGUGUACAAAGGAGAGGGUAUCGCUCAGUUUAUUUAAAUGUGAUUAGUUAAAUAGUUUUAUAGUAUACUAGCAGCAUGGGCGCCCGCAGAAAACUUUCUAAAAAGGGGGGGGGGGGCAAAAAAAUCGAUUAACUUUCCCGGGGGGGGGGGAACAUUUUUUUUUCAGGGGGGGGGGGGCAAGGCCCCACCUGCGGGCGCCCAUGACUAGCAGUCAUUAAGUCUUUAUUAAUGACGAAAAUCAAUGUGAAACAAAAGCACAUACAGGAGACCAGUCUAUAGUAAAGGGAAACAUUGAUUUCAAACAAAUUAAUAGGAACUUUUUAAGAUGAACGAUACUUCACGCACAUUCAUUUUUUUCGCUUAACAAUUUUCUUCCACUUUUCAAAGGAAACAAUAGCACAUUAUGAGCGGGAAACGACGUUUCUCAGUGUUAGUUCCAGACAUGUGAAGGGAAAUAAAUAAUUUGAUAUUUUAUAAUACUUCCGGCUCACCACGUGUUUGACAUUCUUUGAUUUGCUCUAAAUUUGCAGUUUGUUAAGACAGGUACUCAAUAUAUUUAACGAUAUUACAUAAUUUAUUUUUGUUUUUGUUACCCCCAUCAGGUUUUCUAGUGAUGGGGUUUCUGAUGAAGGUUCUGUCCCCGAGAAGCAUUGCCCUGAUAGGAUGCGGUUUCUUCACCGCCGGGGUGGCCGGCAACAGCUUGUUUAAACAACUGGAGUAUCUCUGUUUGACCCAGGGGGUUAUGUACGGUGAGUGGGUGCAUUUUUUUUUGGACAAUUAUGGUUGGCUGUACAUUAGAUUAAAUGCAGUAAACCAGUGGUUCUUAGAUUUCAUAGAUAGCUUAUAGAUGCCUUGGUGGACCUAUCGUUCUUCAAUUUGAGGAUAGUGAAGAUACAAAUUUAUUUUUAUCCAUGACGCUCAACUCAGUGGCGUCAUUUCAGGUUUUUUCAAGGUGGGGGGAGGGGGGGAGGGCAAAACCAAAACUUGGUCGGCUUGUCAAGUUGUUUAUUACUGACACAACAGUAUAUAGCAAUUCAAAAAAACACCUGAAUUUUUCAGAGAAGGGGGACUGCUCCACCUGCCCAACCUAAAUGAAGCCCCUGCCUAAAUUCCGUGGAGCCCAAAGUUAGAACGCCUGAUAGGAUUAUCAGCAGUUGAUUUUUAUUAUAACCUAGAGCAGCGCUCCCCAAAUGGUGAUCAGCGGACCCGCGCCGGUCUGUGAGCCUUACGUUGCCGGUCUGCGAGCCUUACGUUGCCGGUCUGCGAGCCUUACGUUGCCAGUCUGCAAGCCUUACGUUGCUUGUCUGCGAGUCUUACAUUGCCGGUCUGUGAGCCUCACGUUGCCGGUCUGCGAACAUUACGUUGCUGUCUGCGAGCCUAACAUUGCCGGUCUGCAAGCCUUAAUUUGCCGGUCCACACAACAUUCGUUUAUUUGUUUGAGUCGCAUUUUUUUUGGUUUGAACUUCAAAUAUCGAGAUUGUCUUUAGUAUAAAAAUAACGCGCUUAGUCCCCACCAAGUGGAGCCCGAAAAGCUGACGCUAUGUGACGAAUUAAAUUGUAAAACUUGUCCACCGGCCCCACUAGCUCAAAAGUUUGGAAACCGUUGACCUAGAGCACACAUGCCAGUCAAUCUAAACUGUUGGUUUGUUUGCUAGACCUCUAGAUAAACUUACAACAAACUAUGGAGCGCGUGUCCCUGGAGUGCCUCGACUUACCACCACCCACUCCCCCAGAAAUAAUAAAAGGGGUGGGGGGUGCUGAUAAAUAACAUAAGUGCCUAAAUUGUGUUUUUGAAAAAAAAUAUUUUCUUUUUAAAUGGUUUAAAGGAAUGUAUUGCUUUCUUAAAAACUGAUUCUAUUUCUCAGGUAUGGCCACAUGCAUGAUCUACGGCCCUUCACUGUAUGUCGUGACGCAGUAUUUCGUGAAAAGGAGGCCGCUGGCCGCAGCCAUUGCGUCCUGCGGCACGAGCUUCGGCGGAAUGGUUUUCCCGCUGCUCAUCCGGCGCCUGGUGGACGAGUACUCGUUUGAAGGCGGGAUCCUACUGACGGCAGGGGUCAUUAUGCACGCGUUUGUGUUCAGCUCCCUCCUGACCCCUAUCCAAAAUUACGACAGGAGGGGUCGCAAAGGCAAAUCCAAAAAACCGAGCUUCUCCGAUAAAAUAAAAAAUCGUUUCAGGGGCCGUGAGCCCGAAUCUGAUCACACUACUUCGGAGGAGUUAUUUCCCUUAAAUAAGCCGGAAAUAUUAGAUGUCUCUGAGGUCACUCCACCGCUGGAAUGGUCAAAUGGCAAAUUGAGACUUAGAUCGGAAGACACGGAGACCACCACGGAAGGCGUGUCCGGAGGGCAGUUGAAACGUUCGCUCUCAGGGGGAGAUAAACAUUUCGAAGAAGCCCACGAAUGCCAGAACCAGAGCUCGGGCACUGAAGAUGUAACAAAUGCAGAGCGCACACUAGAAUAUAACAAUGGAAAUAAAGAAUUAGUCGAAACCAAAAUGAAUCACGAUGCUACCGAGCUAAUCACUUCCAGCGCACCUUUGAUUCGGAAGACACGUUCCUCACCAAGACUCUCGGACACGAUGCAUAGUCCCGAGUCUACCUCCACGCCGCCAGUGCGACCUAACACACCCGUGGCCUUGGCUGACAGUGAAGGUCGCCCGACCAUUGAUAUCGAGGGAUACCCCGACGCGGUGUACAAGGCCAGAAGGAAAAUGUCGCAGAUUUCAUCCGCCACCUCCAUUUUUGUCAGCACGUCCAACAUCCACGUCAGCUACGCCGACAUCCUGAACCUGGAGGAUCGGGAAAGUACCGCACGGAGGACACCGAGUUCUGACGCUCAGCCCAAUCUGUUGAGGAGGGCACUGGUACGGUGUGGUCAUAGUACGCUGGUCAGAUCGGCCAGUUUCUGGGCCCUGACCGUGUUUUACUUCUGUGCUAUGGUGGGAAACGUGAGUAUGAACUGUUUUUGGGGAUGUAGCGAUGUGUCCGACAUUGAUGGAUCUGAAAGUAACUAUGUGUCCCACGUGGAUGGAUCUGAGAGUAACUGUGUCUCACGUGGGUGGAUCUGAGAGUAACUAUGUGUCUCACGUGGGUGGAUCUGAGAGUAACUAUGUGUCUCACGUGGGUGGAUCUGAGAGUAACUAUGUGUCUGAUAUGGGUGGAUCUGAUUUUAACCAUGGGUGUGAUAUGGUUGGAUCUGAGAGUACUUUAAAGAGCGGUUCUUCAAAAUAAGUUUGGAUUUUCCUACAAUUUGUAACUCAUGGGGAAAUAGGGAAAAUUUCCCUUGCCAUUUAAGAAGUAUAAUUUAAACGGUUUCCAUAACAAAAUAAACUAAUGGUGUGUACCCUAACCUUUACCCUGAACGGAUUUUUGCUGUAACGUGUAUACAUGAAUAAAUUAUUCUUUUAAUGGUUAUAUUUAUGUGUAUGUGCUAGUUUUCAAAACAAUCCCUUGCGUUUUGUGUUUUCCCUUGCUGUGAUGCCUUCAGUUAUGCCCCGUGCAGGGUAGUGAAGGGAAAAGUUGCACCCUGGGACGAAGUCUGAAAAUUGUGCCUUCCUUGUUUCAUCAAUUAUUUCUAUUUAAUAUAGGCCCAUGAAUUGACAAAUGACGAUUAUGGCACCCUCUUGAAGUUGGCACCCGGUGCGUCCUCCGCUUCGCACCCCUUCCGUGCACGGUCCUGGCCUUGUGACUUGUGUUUGCACUUGAUGCUUUGCGUUCAGUAGCGCCAUGUGUUUUUCCUGGCUGCCAUGCGUUCACUAACACCACCUUGCCGCUAUGCAUUCAGUAACGCCAUGUGUUUGUCCUUGCCGCUAUGCGUUCAGUAACGCCAUGUGUGUUGUCCUUGCUGCCAUGCGUUCAGUAACACCAUCUGUCUGUCCUUGCUGCCAUGCGUUCAGUAAAACCAUCUGUCUGUCCUUGCUGCCAUGCGUUCAGUAACACCAUCUGUUUGUCCUCGCCGCUAUGUGUCCAGCAACGCCAUGUGUUCUGAACCCCUUCUCAUUCCAGGCCAUCCCGCAGACGUACAUUCCCGCCCUGGCCAAGGAGCGCGGCUUGUCAGACGCGGAUGGCGCAUUCUUUCUGUCCCUCCUGAACGUCCUUGACUUUCCUGCUCGCAUGUCCUGUGGGAUCAUCGUGAACUUCCGCCUCAUCCGUCCCACCACGGCGUGCAUCCCUCCGAUGUUGGUGGUGGCGCUGGUCGGUUACAUGACUUCCUUCUUUACAAGUUACGAGUAAGUUACAAGUUAUGAGUACGUUACACGUUAAGAGCAGAUUACAAGUUAAGAGUAAGUUACAAGUUAAGAGUAGAUUACAAGUUAAGAGUAAGUUACAAGUUAAGAGGAGAUUACAAGUUAAGAGGAGAUUACAAGUUAAGAGUAAGUUACAAGUUAAGAGUAGAUUACAAGUUAAGAGUAAGUUACAAGUUAAGAGCAGACUACAAGUUAAGAGUAAGUUACAAGUUAAGAGUAGAUUACAAGUUAAGAGUAAGUUACAAGAGUAAGUUACAAGAGUAAGUUACAAGUUAAGAGUAAGUUACAAGAGUAAGUUACAAGUUAAGAGUAAGUUACAAAUUAAGAGUAAAGCACAAUUGAGUUUACACCAGCAACGACUUUUAGAAGUCCAAGUAAAUCCAAAUUUGACGCUAGCAAGGACCUAUGUCCUAUUUACUAUCUUCAUUUCCGAAUGACUUCAAAUGGUAAAUAUAUAACUCAAAAAAACUUUCCCCUUGUUUCGUAAAACAUUUCAACAAUGCUCAUUUGAAGUGGGGAAAAAUGAGGUUAAAUUAGUAAAGGGGUCGUUCGUAAAGUACGUCACGUAUGGCCCCCAUGUCACAAAGUGUCACAAAUUCUUUAUCCCCGAUUCCAGCGUCACGUCACACCUAAAAAAAAAAUCAAAACAUACAUACAAUUUUCAUAACUAAACUGAGAUUGUACUUUAUUCUUUAAAAUGUUCCCAUAAUGGAUUAAGAUGUAGCAUUAUUAAAAAACUGUGACCCGAAACAACGAAGUCAUCCACAAGCCGAGUGUAAAAUGGCCACAAAAGUUUUUGCGUUAUUUUUCGCUAUGCAUGACUGAGGUUCAUGGUAUCUAUAAUACCCGAUGCUUUGUCCUCAUUAAAUGAAUGGUUUACAAAUUAAGUGAAUAACGAUUUUUCAAAAUUAGAAAAUUUUAGAUUAAAAAAAACAAUAAAAAAUUAAAAAAAUAAUUAAAUCAUGACAUCACACAUUUUUUACACCCCCUCCCCUGUCACAAAUUCUCGACCCCCCCCCCCCUUCUCUGAGCGUGACAUAUGUCGCGAACGACACCUAAAUAGAAUUCCAAAACAGUUUGGGGGAUGUUCCAUGCUAUACGAUACCAAUAGGGACGUCAUACUCCUACAAUAUUUUAAAAUAAGAAACGAAUGACGUUAGCUGCACGACUUUAACGAAAGCUAUGUUUCCAUAGAUUCCCCAGAUUCCCUAUAGUUCCUGUGACACAAUCAACUGCAGUCAAAGCUAUAGUUCCUGUGACACAAUCAACUGCAGUCAAAGCUAUAGUUCCUGUGACACAAUCAACUGCAGUCAAAGCUAUAUUUCCUGUGACACACUAUAGUUCCUGUGACACAAUCAACUGCAGUCAAAGCUAUAGUUCCUGUGACACAAUCAACUGCAGUCAAAGCUAUAGUUCCUGUGACACAAUCAACUGCAGUCAAAGCUAUAUUUCCUGUGACACAAUCAACUGCAGUCAAAGCUAUAGUUCCUGUGACACAAUCAACUGCAGUCAAAGUUAUAUUUCCUGUGACACAAUCAACUGCAGUCAAAGCUAUAGUUCCUGUGACACAAUCAACUGCAGUCAAAGCUAUAGUUCCUGUGACACAAUCAACUGCAGUCAAAGCUAUAUUUCCUGUGACACAAUCAACUGCAGUCAAAGCUAUAGUUCCUGUGACACAAUCAACUGCAGUCAAAGCUAUAGUUCCUGUGACACAAUCAACUGCAGUCAAAGCUAUAGUUCCUGUGACACAAUCAACUGCAGUCAAGGCUACAGUUCCAUAUGACACAAUCAACUGCAGUCAAGGCUACAGGUCCAUAUGACACAAUCAACUGCAUUCAAAGCUAUAGUUCCAUAUGACACAAUCAACUGCAGUCAAAGCUGUAGUUUCAUAUGACACCAUGAUACCUUUAUUUACAGGUCUUUUCUGGGCAUGGCCAUCACCUACGGACUUUGCCUUGGUAUUUACUUCGCCAUGCAGUCCCUCAUUGUGAUUGACGUGCUGGGCAUUGACAACUUCCGGACAGCCAUCGGAUUCUACUACCUGUUCAUGGGCCUUGGGGGAGCUGUUUCAUAUCCGAUAGCAGGUAUUUUUCUAUUCCUACAAUCGAAUCACUCGUAGAUUUAAUAAACACAGAAAAGAAGUUUUGAAUUAUAAUACAUAUGUAAACGCCCCAAAAAUUUGAAUAUUUGAUAAGCAAAGCUGUACGAACAUAGAUCAAAUCUCUGAUGCUUGGUCCAUAUGAACCAAAUGUAGAUCCAGCCGUGUACCCUGUACCUUUGACUCGACUAAUGAGCCGAUUCUUCUUUUUGUUCUUUGACUUUCUGACUUGCACUCGAGCAUAGACAAUUAAAAAAUGUAUGUCUAUUCCUUGCGAAGUCUCGCUUUCUUCUCUUACUCUUUCAAACGCUCUCCAAUCUUGAUUGCAUCCUUGUCGAACUCUCUACGCCAUUUGCGUUUUGGGUCCUCUCUGUACUCUUAAUUCUUGAGCCGGUAUUUACUUCGGGUUGAAUUUAGUUCAGAUAGUUAUGUUAGGCCAAACAUUGAGAUAAGAUAGUUAUCUUUGGCCAAACAUUGAGAUAAGAUAGUUAUCUUUGGCCAAACAUUGAGAUAAGAUAGUUAUCUUUGGCCAAACAUUGAGAUAAGAUAUUUAUUUUGGGUCCAAAAUUUAGUUCUGCUAUUUAUGUUGGGUUAAAAAUUUAGUUCAGAUUGUUAUGUUGGGUUAAAAAUUUAGUUCAGAUAGUUAUGUUCGGUUAAAAAUUUAGUUCACAUAUUUAUUUUGGAUUAAAAAUUUAGUUCAGAUAUUUAUUUUGGAUUAAAAAUUUAGUUCAGAUAUUUAUUUUGGAUUAAAAAUUUAGUUGAUUUAUUCAAAUUGGUUACCCCAAUGCUCUGAAAGAGACUGGAUAGAUGGCUCCACUUUGUGAUUGGCUUGGCAGGGUGUAGUCGCAAUCUUAAUUUCCGCUGCCUGCUCGAACAUGAAACUGACGCUUAUUCGAGGAUUUACCAAACGUUAAACCCCACCCCCCCCCAAAAAAAAACAAAAACAAAACAAAAACAAACAAACAAACAAACAAACAAACUAGGACGCGUCACUAUUGGAAGCCAUGCGCCUAAUUUUAGCUCUUUCCUGGAAUCAUAAAUAUGGGUUUUUAAAUGUGAUUUGAACAUUUAGAAAAAAAAGUAUUCAUAGCCCUGUUCAUCUUGUUAAAAUGUUGGCCUUACUGACACUCGAUGAUUGAUUCUUUCAAAACCAUUUCCAGGAACAUUGAAGGACUUAACUGGCACCUACUCAAGUACUUACCACUAUCUGGCCACUAUGAAUCUCGUGGCGGUGUUCCAGCUUUUGGUUGUUGUUCCACUCGCCAAACGAUACGAUGUCAGACGCGGGGUGCUUCAGGAAACGGACCCGAACAAAUGAUGCCACACGGGGGGAAGACAACAGAUUGUAGAUCUCAGAAAUAAUGGCGCACGUGGGGAGAAACCAGAUUGUAGAUCUCAGAAAUAAUGGCACACGGGGGGAAGACAACAGAUUGCAGAUCUCAGAAAUAAUGGCGCACGUGGGGCAAGACAACGGAUUGCAGAUCUCAAAUAUAAAUUCAACACGGGGAAGAAAUAAGAUCGUAGAUAUCCUAGCAGCUUGAAAUAAAAAUAAAAUGUAGUAACAGAAUGUGAGGCAUGUUUGAAUAAAUGAAAACGAACACACACACACACACAAAGAAACUUGGUGGCCGUUAAAAUUGUGGAGCUUUAAAAAAUACUGUCAACUCUUGUGUUCUGCCAUAUAGUACAGGAGAUGCUUAAGUGUGUGUAAAAAGUGAACUGUGUGUGUGUAUUGGGGGGGGGGGGGGAUUUU